AGCAGUAUAGUCGCUGGCGGCUCGCGAACCAGCGACAUCUGAGUCGAAUAGUCGUCUCGGGGAACGCUUCGAUCGAAUUCAACAGGAACAUCGAAUGAUCGCGUUCACUCUCCUCGCGUGUUUACUGCUUCCGUCGUUGUCCCGCGAGAAGUUGCCGCUGUCGGCGGAAAACAGCUCGAAAAUGGCAAGGAUGCUCGCGGUAGACUUCGAGGUUUUCGGCAUCGUGCAAGGUGUCUUCUUCAGAAAGUACACGCAAAAGCGCGGUCAGGAGCUUGGAUUGAAAGGAUGGUGCAUGAAUACUCCAGACGGUACCGUGAUCGGGCAUUUGGAGGGCGAGAAGGCUCAGGUCGAGGAAAUGAAACAAUGGCUCCGUCACACGGGAAGUCCUCAGUCGCGGAUCGACAAGGCAGAGUUCCGCAACGAGAAGGAGAUUACGCAGCUGUCAUUCUCGAACUUUCAAAUACGAAAGUAGAGGAUCGUCCGAUCCAGCGAAAGAAGCGAUAACCGACUAAUUAACUAGGACAGAACUUGAGCGAUCGCUUGUAACGAGAGAUCGAUAUUUAAAUAAAUGUAAUUUCUAAUGAAAU